UGUUGUAAGGGUAAAGACACAUGUUCUGAGUGAGCAAAACUGUGGUUAACCACUGUCUCAGCAUGGCUUAGCUGGAGGUAGUGUACCGACUUUGCUGGGAAAUAAACAAUAGUGAGAUGUUUACACUUUGACGCGGUUACCCAUGUUUCCCACCCUUUUCCUCACUGCUCCCCUCCUCAUCUACCCCAACCCAGUAUUUCCCCUCUUGUCUCCAGGAAAGGAACAGUUUUAGGGGGGAAAAACAAGUGUGUGGAGCCAAGGAACAGGUCUGACCUCAGUUGCAGGAACUGGUGCUGUUCUAAAGUGGGGCUGUCAACGGCAACAUGAACACCAGAGAUCUGGGAACCAACUUUACCUUUGACUCCACCACAGAACACACACAGUUCAAUGUGUCAACCACUACUAUCGCCCCCACCACCUCCUCCUAUUCUUUAGACAUCCAUGACCCAGAAUUCACCAUUAUGGUGGUGCUGGGCUUAACACUGCUGCUGGCAGUGUUGGCGAUCUUCCUGGCAGUGUGUCGGCGCUCUGAACAAGACGAGGAGUGUGAGGCGAGCUGUGGCUCAGGACAGACUCUGAAACAUGGACAAAGUCAGUCUAGUGAACCACAACUCAAGGUGUGGAAAAGGCUGGGCUCCUAUCGGCGCUCGUACAAUCUGUCCUUCAGAAGACCCCCUCAUCGGAGGACACAUGAGCAUGGGAACACACGUGCUUCCCAUUCUCCAGGCACACAGACAGAACAGCCGGGGGGCAGCACGGAGCCCCACCUUACUACGCCUUGUCUGUAUGACUACGUCAUUGAGAUCUAGUUAGUCAACUAGCCAAGGACUGACUGUUAAACUGAAAUUGCAACUCACUAAAACCAGGCACAGGCAACUAUCCAGUCUAGUUUUGCUUUCCAAAUAUUUUUAGAUGUACAUCUUUCAGCAUUAUUUGCAGACGGAAAUGUUUCUGCACGUAUCGGUAGUUUUAUAAAGAGUGUAAUGAGUGCAAACAACAAUAGGCUUGACUGUUCAUACAGCACUCCUAACAAGCAUUUCAAGUAUCAUUAAAACACGAUUACUUUUAAUACUUCAAAUCUGAUUUGCACAAUUUAACAACUUAUCAGCUGUAAAAUGUAAAAUGCUACUUGCUUUUUUUGGUCUAUGAGGGAGCUUAAACACAAGGAUUAUUCCUCUGUAUCACAUAGCCCUAAUAGUUGUGAUGGAGUGCAACAUGUCCAUCUGCUCUUCCAAUUUAAUUACGGUAGGUCAAAUACAUUCACAGUUCCACUUGAAAUAUACUGUACAGUAAUAUAGGAUCAAUACUGAAAGGACAAAUGCAACUCCAAACCAGUGAUUUGUGUGUGUGUGUGUGUGUGUUUGGGAUUGUUACACAGGACAAUAAAGUAACUUUUUCUGUCUGUCUGACUGUGGAUGUUGUAGUGUGUUUUCACCUGAAGGAUGCUGGCUCCCUUCGGUACAGUCUCCAGUAUGCUGGUCUCAUAGCUGUUUUGGAGGAAGAUGGGUCUGUUGUCAUUAACAUCCUGAACUUUAACAAACACAGUGGCUGUGCCUGUCCUCCUGCUGCCCGCUGGACCAUUAUCUGCGAGCACAGACAGAACCAUUUACAGAAAUGAUCUACGUUUGAUAGCAACGUCACCAAACAUAUUAUGCAGCAAAUUGCACAACAUUAGGUAGGAUCCAAAAUAAGAGCCGUAUAGAAAU